AUGCGAAAGGCAUCAAUAACGUCUUCUAUAGCUAUUCCGAAAAGAAGAAAACAAGCUGCCCGCAAGAGAAAGUCUCAUACACCAACUGUGACUAAAGGUUCAGACUCUGUGACUAAACUGGACAUUCGGAUUGAACAAGACCAACUUGUUCGUAAUGAGGAAGAGAAUGUUCACAAUGAAGAGUCUCCUAUUCAUAACGAAGGAAAAACUAUGAACCCAGAGGCUUCCUCUUUUGAAGCUUUAUUCAAAUCAACAGUUGAAUCUUUACUUAAGCGUAUCAUGAAGGAUCAUACAUAUAAUGAUGCGAAGAUGAACAGGGUUGUGUCUGACUCUGCUGAAGUAUGCAAAACCAUGACCGAAAAAUGUGAUAAACUAAUUUCAGACACCACAAAUUUUAUGGAAAAAUACCAAACCACUCACAACAACAGUAUUGUCUCCACAAAUACAACACUAAAGAAUUUGGGUUCCUUGCUUAAAGAUGAGAAGGAUAAUUGGCAAGAUCAUUGCACCAGCUUACAGAAGGCUCACGAAUAG